AUGUCUUCACUCAACCAAAAGCGGUUAACUCUAUCGAGCUGGCAGGUCAACGUCAAUGUCUGUCGGGUGAAUCGCAGUCUACAGUUGAACGAGUCCUCCGUUCCGAUUCGCAGCAACCCAGCCAGUCUAAUGACUUCGAAACCACGAAAGCCAUUCUCGAGCCCUUCAGUCACAUCUUCAACACCAUCACGGAGUGCAUUGAGCCUGAAGCAAUUAACCGAUCGUCAAGACGAUGGUUUGGGCCAGAUCUGGUCUCGAGGCGCCGCCGCUCUUCCGCGCAAUACGCCCCAGUCUUCCCAGUGCGCCCUACAGAAGUUCAACCUAUGUGAUAGUGCAACGUACUCAAUGCUACCCUACAUCAUUCAGGCCGUAUAA